AUGUCUGUACACUACAAAUUCAAAUCAGCUCUAGAGUAUGAUACGGUUACAUUUGAUGGCCUACAUAUUUCCGUGAAAGAUCUGAAGAAUGCUAUAAUACAACAGAAACGCAUCGGAAAAAGUACUGAUUUUGAUUUACAGGUCACUAACGCGCAAACUAAAGAAGUGUAUGAAGACGAAAACACUUUAAUUUCUAAAAAUGCUUCUCUGCUCAUCGCUAGAAUUCCUAUCAUACCCCAAAAGAACAAAUCUUGGGAAGGAUACGGAGGUGAUAACACACCUCCUACUAAAUUGGACGAAGGUGGGCCAUAG